CCCUUGUAAUUUCCAUAGUCGCUGUUGUCUCCAUUUUUCUGAGUGAGAUCUGAAGUUCCAAAUCUGCGUGAAGAUUGGUGUUUCCUAGAGAUCUGUCCAUUUUGCAGGAGCAGAGGGAUCAGCACAGCCGGAAAAUUCCCCUACAAACAGCAAGAAACUUGAAAUUUUGGUCUUUCUCAUCACACAGAAUUUCUGAUAUCGGAUCACUGGAUCCGCUUUCACGCGCCGAACCCCCUGUAACAUUCAGUCAUCUUUACUCCUUUCCUCUUUAGAACCAGUUGAAUUGUAAUGGUCUGAGGCUUCUGAACAUGGAUUCGCAGCCUUCCCAAUCGGGAAGGUCCCCGAUUGAAUCUCCUACGCUUGCCCGUACAAGUUCCCCACCGUUUCUCAAAUCGAAUUCUGAUGCCAGCAUUCAGAGCUUGUCUUCCAUUCUCAACAACCCCUAUGGCGGUAAAUCUGGUAUCUAUGGUUCAGAUGCAUCAUGGGUGGGAUGGUGGUCCUCUUCCACCACCGUUACCCCUCCUGAGUUCGCGCCCUUGGUCUCCACCAAGGCCUCAUCAGAGGUGACGCGAUCCGAUUUUCAAAGCUACUUGGGUGCAAUCUCUGAACCAUAUAAUCGAUUCGAAGACAUAAGGAAACAUAGCAGCAAGGAGAAUGUGGACUUGGAGAGCAUUGGAGGUCAAGGUGAAGCACUAGUUGCAUGUUUACGAGAGGUUCCCGCGCUUUACUUCAAAGAAGAUUUUGAGUUGGAAGAUGGCGCAACGUUCCGCGCUGCUUGCCCUUUCUCGAACGUGUCUGAGAAUUUGGUACUGCAAGAGAAGCUCUCACAUUAUUUGGACGUGGUGGAGCUCCAUUUAGUGAAAGAGAUUUCGUUGCGCUCCAACUCAUUCUUCGAAGCCCAAGGGCAAUUGCAAGAUUUGAAUAUGAAAAUUGUUGAGGGUUGUAAUCGGAUUCGGGAAUUGAAGGAGACCGUUAGGCUCUUGGAUGUUGAUAUAGUAGAGUCUGCAAGGCAGAUUCAAGAGUUGAAUGCCACUAGGAGUAACUUGUUGGUUCUUCAACAGAAAUUGAGACUAAUUUUAUAUGUCAACCAAGCAGUAUCUGCUUUGAAAUUGCUUGUUGCAUCUGCAGAUUGUGCUGGAGCACUGGAUGUAACUGAUGAUUUGCAGCAUCUGCUGGAUGGUGAUGAACUCACUGGUUUGCAUUGCUUUCGUCAUCUUAGAGAUCAUGUAGCUGGCUCCAUAGAAUCUAUAAACAGUAUUCUUUCAGCAGAGUUUAUUCGAGCUUCCAUACAUGAUGCUGCAGAAAGAGAUGCAAUGAUUUUAUCCAAAGCUAAAGCGAGUGCUUCCCUUCCCAUGAAUGGAAUUGGUGAACUAAAGUUUGAUGAAGAAGAAACAAGCAACUUUAGGGACCGUCUUCUUCCCACUGUCAUUGGAUUGCUUAGAACAGCCAAACUUCCCUCUGUUCUGCGAAUCUAUCGAGAUACAUUGACUGCUGAGAUGAAGAGUGCCAUUAAGUCUGCAGUUGCUGAUCUGCUUCCAGUUCUUGCUACCCGACCUCUGGAUACAGAAUAUUCUUCUAAAGAUAGAGUAGUAGAUUCUGAUGGUGGAGGUGCAUCCCUUGCUAGUAAGUUGAGGAGCUUGUCAUCUGAUUGCUUUGUGCACCUUCUGAGUGCUAUUUUCAUGGUAGUGCAGGCACAUUUGAUGCGGGCAGCUGAAGUGAAAAAGGCCAUUGAGUGGAUUUUGAGCAACCUUGAUGGUCAUUAUGUUGCUGAUACAGUUGCUGCUGCAGUUGCGCAUGGUGCUGCAGCUAUUGAAACAGCUCAAGAAAAUGAAGGUCGUGGUGUUACAAUUUCACCAUAUUCAUCUCAAAAACUAGUUUCCAGGGUUCUUCCUACUCCAGGAAAAGCAAGUGAUGCAGUGAACCCAUCAAACAUAUCGACACAUUUCAGAGCUGAUGUAUUGCGAGAGAACACAGAAGCUGUCUUUGCAGCAUGCGAUGCUGCUCAUGGAAGAUGGGCAAAACUUCUUGGCGUUCGUGCUGUCCUGCAUCCUAAGUUGAGAUUACAGGAGUUUCUUGCAAUAUUCAACAUAACCCAAGAGUUCAUUACAGCUACAGAAAAAGUUGGUGGGAGAUUGGGAUAUAGCAUCCGCGGAACCUUGCAGUCACAGGCAAAAGCUUUUGUUGAUUUUCAACACGAAUCCCGGAUGGCAAAAAUUAAGGCAGUGCUUGACCAAGAAACAUGGGUGGAAAUAGACGUUCCUGAUGAAUUUCAAUCUAUCGUCAAUGUGCUAUUUUCUUCUGAUGCGUUGACUUCUGAGAAUCUUGAUGGUGCUGAGGAUGAUAAUUCAAAAAAUUAUGAUGAUGGGGUGACAGACAAUAAUGUUCUGCCAAUGGCAAACACUGGACAGUCAAAUGCGGAACAGCAAGUUGAGCAAACUAAUUCUAUUGAGAUAUCUGCAAAAAAUGCCACAAUACAUAGAACUCACAGCAGAAACUCAUCAGCACAGACUAAUAAUACAGACUCAAAGGAUCAUAAAAAAUCUGCGUCUCAAACUCUUUACUUCAAAGGAGUUAAUUAUCACAUGGUGAACUGUGGCUUAAUAUUGUUGAAGAUGUUGUCAGAGUACAUUGAUGUCAACAACUUUUUGCCAGCAUUAUCUUCAGAAGUUGUUCAUCGAGUUGUUGAAAUUUUGAAAUUUUUCAACACACGAACUUGUCAACUCGUUCUUGGGGCUGGUGCUAUGCAGGUUUCUGGGUUGAAGUCUAUCACUUCUAAACACUUGGCCUUGGCCAGUCAAGUCAUAAGUUUUAUAUAUGCUAUUAUUCCUGAAAUUCGGCAGGUUCUUUUUCUGAAAGUACCUGAGACAAGGAAGGCAUUAUUGCUUUUAGAGAUUGAUCGAGUGGCCCAGGAUUAUAAAAUCCACCGAGAUGAAAUACAUACUAAAUUAGUUCAGAUAAUGCGAGAGAGAUUGUUGGUUCAUUUGCGUGUGUUGCCUCAAAUUGUUGAGAGUUGGAAUAGACCUGAGGAUGCUGAUACUCAGCCCAGCCAGUUUGCUCGAUCCCUUACGAAGGAAGUUGGAUACCUCCAACGAGUUCUAUCUCGAACUUUGAACGAAGUUGAUGUUGAAGCAAUAUUCAGGCAAGUGGUCAUUAUAUUCCACUCACAAAUUUCAGAAGCGUUCUCAAAAUUUGAUAUAAGCACUCCUCAAGCGAAGGAUAGGUUAUAUCGGGACAUGAAACACAUUCUUCAAUGCAUCCGAUCAUUACCAUCAGGUGAUUUGGGUAAAUCUGAUACCCCAAAUUGGGGUCAGUUGGAUGAAUUCUUGGUGCAAAGAUUUGGGGCUGAUGCUGUUCAAUAAAUUAACUUGUAAAGUAGCACAAUCGAUUGCUCACCUGGGAAGGCUAACAUACUCUGAAGCAUGUUUGCAUUUGAAAUCAUCACUCUAUUCAAUUGACCGUAACCCUAAAUUGAGUUUAACUUUUUUCAGGCCUUUGAUUGAGCAGUGGCAUAUAUACGAAGGAACUGUAUCUUUGGAGCAUUUUGCAGCUGAUUGGUCUUUCUACAAGUUUUGUGGCAAUCGACAGUUGAUAUGCAUUUUUUUUUUUGUCGUCAACAUAAUUGUAAUUUUAAGCUAGAAAUGGAUAUGUAUCUGUUUGAAUUAACCGAGUUUUCUUGUUUUUGUUUUACUUUUCAUGUCGAUGUAGCAAUAUGCGCCUGCUUGUAGAAAUCCAAAGUGAGAGCACCUUUUUGUGUGAUAUUAGAUGGUUGUUUCUGGCUGUCUUGUUUGGAAAGCAAGCAACAGCUUAUGUAAUCAAUUCAAUUCCAUGAGUAAGAAAAUCGUCACUACAAUGAUUUGUGCUGUCA